AUGAGUUUAAUAGAAGAUUGUCUAAGAAGCUACCGUUUCAUUGCAAUAGACACAGAGUUUCCAUCUACUUUGAGGGAAACUACACAACAUGCGACAGAUGAGGAACGUUACAUGGAUAUGAGUUUUAGUGUGGACAGAGCAAAAUUGAUCCAGUUAGGGCUAACUCUGUUCGAUAUCAAUGGAAGAAUUGGAGGAACAUGGGAGAUCAAUUUCUCUGAUUUCGGAGUUGACGAUGCUAGAAACGAGAAAUCCAUUGAGUUCCUUAGACGCAACGGUCUAGAUCUAAGGAAGAUUAGAGAAGAGGGCAUCAGAAUCGAGGGUUUCUUCUCGGAGAUGUUUUGGAUGCUGAAGAAGACGAGGAGGAAUAUUACUUGGGUCACGUUUCAUGGAUCUUACGACAUCGCCUAUUUACUCAAGGGUUUCACCGGAGAAGCUUUACCUGUGACUUCAGAGAGGUUUUCUAAAGCGGUCGCGAGAGUUCUCGGUUCUGUUUACGAUUUGAAAGUCAUGGCGGGUCGAUGUGAAGGACUAAGUAGCAGGCUUGGUUUGGAGACUCUAGCGCAUGAGUUCGGACUUAACCGUGUUGGUACUGCACACCACGCCGGUUCCAAUAACGAGUUAACGGCGAUGGUUUUCGCUAAGGUACUGUCUCCGUUUCCUCUCUUUCUUCGUUUUGGUUCUUUGGAGUUAAGAACUAUAGAAAGUGAAGCAAUAGUGUAG